UUCCUGGAAGCAGUAAUCGGGAAAGUGUUAGCAGGGAACCGUCGGCGGAAUGCGACCGUGCAGGCACCUCUGCUCCCGGGUCCCCCAGGCCGCGGGGGGAGCGCACAGUAAGUCCGCUAGCAGCCUCCCCUCCGCCUCCGCCUCCGCCGCCGCGCUCGGGCUCUCGGCACCCGGGCAGCUCCGGGGAGCGGGGCGGCAGCGCGGAGCAGCUCUGCCGGGGAACGGGCAGGUACCGCUCAGGUGGCUGCGGCUGCGCCGGGAUGAGCCGGCUGCUCUGUCUCUGGGAUUUCUGAAUUUUAUGGGGUUUCUUAAAUGGACACAAGACUGCGUUUUUGUUUUUUUUUUUAAAUAUUAAUAAUAAUAUUUUUAAAAAACCCAAUUCUUUUAAUAAAAAUUGAAGGAGAUAAAAGGAAAGGCUCGGUAAGGGAGUAUUUAGUGCCAAAAUGCUGAUAUUAAUCCACUCUCCUCGCAGGCUAUGAAUGUUAUCUAGAGUGGGGAGAAGUUAAAAACAGGAAAAAAAAAAAAAGGAAAAAAGAAAUUAACAAGAAAGGUGUUGGGAAACUCUGUACAGUGAACUAUUGAUACCGAGGCAAUUGCUCUGAGUUUAAUACAAUAACUCGCCAAGAUAUCGUAGGAAUGCAAUACAGGAGAUGAAAAAUCGCUUACAGAAAAGAACACCCCCCAGUAGUAUUUACUUUUAAAUAUAUGGUGCGUUUCAGGAGCACUAGACUAAGCGUGUGGAUUUGUUUCCUUAUUUGAUUUUUGAAUAUAAUUCAUAAAAUGUUUGAAGGAAAGUUCAAGUCAAAUCUAUCUUUCUAUAAUGCAAACAAAGACGCAUGUCUCGUGGUUACUGGUAGGUUAAUUAGGUGAUCUUAAAAGAGAUCUAUCUUGGAGUAAUACGAUAUUUAUUCUAAUAAAAUUGUAUGUCUUUCUGUGUUUAGCACGGAUAUAAUGCUGUGUAUUUUGUGGGUGAUGGUUUGGCAAAGGUGAUCUGAAUGUGACUGGAUUCCCACCGAACAAAACAAAAAAAGGCCUUUGUUACUCUUUUCCAUUAAUGAAAGAGGGAGGUCUGGCUCUUCAUUUCUUUAGAAAUUAUCCAGUAUAAAAUUUAGACUAUGAAUAUUAAAAGUGAAAGAUCAUACCCCAGGCACAGGGAAAACGUGUAUUCAUAAAAAACUGCCUGAAUGCAACGUGGUCCUCAUCUGGAAAGGGCUUCCAUCCCACCACUCCUCUGCUUGCAGGAUUUACCACCAACUCCUCUCUGCCUUCAUCUGUCAAACGUGGUUUGUAACUGUUCUCCAGAAAUAUCACCCGUGUGUGGAAUACAACAGUAACAAACGUUUUUAUUGCAACAGGUUCUGCAGCAUGGAAGAACAUCCACAGUCCGUGCCCGCGGAUUAUCCAAAGGAACCUGAAGAUUCUACUCACACAUUUAAAGUCAAAAAUCAAGAAAAAACAUAAGUUUGGUGGCUGCGAGUGGCCCGGGCCGACGACGUGAGGCGCGGGGCGGCGGUCAAUGUUAUUUGAGCGGGGGCCGCGGGCCUCGGCGAUCGCAGAGCAGAGGAUGCAGAAAGCCGCCUACUACGACAACGCGGGGCUCUUCGGGGGCUACAGCUACAGCAAGGCCGAAGCCUACCCCUACGGCGCGGCCCACCAGCCCUACGGCCAGGCCGGCUUGGACGGCGAGUACCCCGGCUCCGCCUGCUCCGUCCAGGGCUCUGCGCCCGGCCGAGCUCCGGCCCACAAGGGCAGCGAGCUGAGCGGGAGCUGCAUGCGGCCGGGCGGGGGCGGCCCCGGGGGCAGUCAGCCCCCGGGGAUCGGCGAGCAUCAGCCCCCGGCCCUGCCGCCCUCCUCCCCGCCCAACCCACCUCCCAGUGUGCCCCCUCCGAAAAAAGCCAAGGGGGGCCCCAACUCCUCGGGCUCGGCCAGCGCCACUCUCAGCAAGCAGAUAUUUCCUUGGAUGAAGGAGUCCCGGCAGAACUCCAAGCAGAAAAGCACCUGCGCCCCCCCAGGAGAGAGCUGCGAGGACAAGAGCCCCCCCGGGCCGGCCUCCAAGAGGGUGCGCACAGCCUACACCAGCGCGCAGCUGGUGGAGCUGGAGAAGGAGUUUCACUUCAAUCGCUACCUGUGCCGGCCGCGCCGCGUGGAGAUGGCCAACCUACUCAACCUGACCGAGCGGCAGAUCAAGAUCUGGUUCCAGAACCGCCGGAUGAAGUACAAAAAGGACCAAAAAGCCAAAGGCAUCAUGCACUCCCCCGUCGGACAGUCCCCGGACCGCAGCCCCCCUCUAAGCGGCCCAAACCACGUCGGCUACUCCAGCCAGCUCCCCGGCGUCAACAGCCUCAGCUACGACGCGCCCUCGCCCACCUCCUUCGCCAAGUCCCAGCAGAGCAUGUACGGGCUGGCCGCCUACACGGCGCCGCUGAGCAGCUGCCUGCCGCAGCAGAAGCGCUACGCGGGCGCGGAGUACGACCCCCACCCCAUGCAGAGCGGCGGCGGCGGCUUCGCCAACCCCAGCCUGCAGGGCAGCCCCGUCUACGUGGGGGGCAACUUCGUGGACUCGAUGCCGGCCUCAGGCCCCAUGUUCAACCUGGGGCACCUGCAGCACCCCUCCUCCGCCAGCGUGGACUACAGCUGCGCCGCCCAGAUCCCCGGCGGCCACCACCACGGACCUUGCGACCCCCACCCUACCUACACGGACCUUUCCUCUCACCACACCUCUCAGGGACGGAUGCAGGAGGCGCCCAAGCUCACGCAUCUGUAGCGGGGCGGCGGCCAGCGGGCCCCGCUCCCCUCUCCAUUACCUCACUUUUCUGACGGGACAGUGUUACUGUGCUCUCUAGUGCCAACAGUAUCAGUGGAUUUGUCUCCCUUAGCAGCUCCCUUCUUUCUUCCGCAGCCCCGAGUAGGUCCGUGAGCAGGAGCCUUUCUCUUAGAGCUGUUUUAAGCAUGACAGUGCAAUAUACUGCCAACCGAGGGACUGAUAAGCUGGUAAUGAUGUACUUGAAGGUAAGUCUUAGAGAUGCUGUAGUGUUAGCAGCGCGUCAUGCUGAGGUGUUUUAGACCAGUCGUGAGCCGUCGGAACUCGCCCGCGCGUAAGCUUAUUUCAGAGAAGUUAAUUUAUGAGUUCUUCCGUAACGUAAGGAUCGCAUUGGACUAAAUGAUAAUGUAUUUAUUAUUUUAAGCGAGACAUUUUUUGUAUCACUGAUUAUUUAUCCUCGUCUUAAUGUAUUUAUGUGGGUAUUUGUAGAAUUUCUUCACCAAUACUUCGGGAGAGGGAUUCAGGUCCGUGGUGACUUACAUUUCACCUAUUUAGUAUAAUCGGUCUGAGCUAGUUGAGAGAGUAGUCUUGAACAGUUGUAACAGUGGCUGGUGUUCGUAGUUUAUGUAAGGAUUAAUUAAGACAGCAAGUCGUAAAUCAUUAAUAGAGUAAAACAAACUGUGGCAUCACACAAAGAGCCGUUACACUUAAAAAAUUUUGAAAGUAUUUUUAAAGUAUUUAUUUCUAAUCGGCUGGCCCCACUCGAGCGCCGCGGUGGCUUGGCUGGCAGCUGGCUCGGCCGGGUGAAGCCACCUUCAGUUGGAAGCGCAGCCGCUCUGAGGAGGCGAUCUACAAAGAGGGGCUCCUGGCCAUCUUGUUUCAGAUCAAAUCCUGCAUAUAAAAACCUCGGUGAGGUUAACAUUUAUUUAUUGGCUGGGUAUCUAUCGCGCAUAUUAUUUUAAUGGGCUAUUUUCUUUCUUUUUAUUUAUUUAUUUUUUUAAAAAUUAUACUCUGGCUAUCCAAAAUAGAAAACAAAUUAGAAGCUUAGAAGGCAAAAAAAAAAUUAGAAACCCUCUGAUUGUGCUAAUUUCAUUAGGGUCUCCAUAGCAAUCUGCGCAGCAGCUGCCGCCUCCUUUGUUAUUUUUAUACUGUUGUCUUUAUACUAACCAUAAAUCAAUUCUUAGACAUCUUUGGAAGCCCGAGCUUUUCCUCUUUUUUUUUUCUUUUCUUUUUUUUUUUUUUUUUUUUUCCCUUUCCCAUAAAUAUAAACUUUGAAAGAAAAUUGACAAUCAGAUACACACAGCCGAAGGGAGAUGCUGAGAUGGGGCGCGGGCAGUGGCUGGGCGGUGCCGCCGCGCUCCUCCGGUGCCCGGCAAGGACAGUGCCACCCCGCCUGACCGCGGCAGAGGGGCACCACCACCUCUCCCUGCCACAAACAGGACAGUUAACACGGGGAAGAAAAAAAUAAAGUAAUAAGAAGAUUAAAAAAAUAGGAAAAAAAGAAAGGGAACGAUGCUCUGAACCCUCGUGUUUCCUCCUCUCUAGUUACACGGCUGUAUUGAACUCCUCGCUGGAUUUACAGAGAUACUUCUUUUGUAAACGCUGUGAUUAAAGUCUCUUCCUGACAGUACAUAUCGCUCUGAGAAGACUAUUCUUAUCUCUUUCUAAAAGUGUCGAGUUAUGUAUUAAUCCAAACUUCUGUAUUCCCCACCAAAGCGUCUGAUGCAUCACUUUCCAGUUUGACAAACACUGCAGCUCCUACUCCAUCCUCUAAUGACAGACCUGGCAUUCCUAUUGUGAGAAAUAUUUUACCAGCUCCCAUCCUGGUCAAUACAGACAAGUUUUCUUUCAUUUAUUCUUCUUUCCCAUCCCUGCUUUCUUCCUUGCCAUUUGGCAUUUAUGUUCAGCUGAGCACUAAUGAUUCAAAAGAUUACAUAGGGUUUUGUUUUCCCCUCUGUGAGAUUUCAACAAUGCUAUGCUACAGUGAAAAGUGUAUAUUUUGUUAAAUUUCACUUUUAACCAAGCAAAUUUGGAUAUAUGUGUUGCAGAUCUGUAAACAAAACAGAACAGAAUAAACUGCUUUGUUUGGAGACAUAUUUUAACCCUUUAAAGCCCUAAAAUUGUAUUCUAUGGAAGUUUUCACACAAAUUGUUUCUUAGAAGCACCACCCAGGAGUAAACAAAACAUUGAAACAACACAAAAAGUAAUGCUGGACACCACUUGUGAUUUAUACUUCUGUAAUAUGCCAUAAAUAUAUACAUAUGUUUGUCUCUCCAAAACUUUCUGCAAUCAAUGUGCUCACAGACAAAAUUGUCCAUGUAGGCUUUUUCGUGUGUUCUUGAAACACAAUAUAUUUUGCAUCACCUGCUUCUAUCUGUGAAACAGCAAGGCACCACCAUUUCCACAGGACACCCAGUGUCCUUUUCCCUUUUGCUUUGUGCUCUGUAGGCUGUUAGUCAAACAGUAUCUGCCCUGACUUAGACUAUUAAUCCUUCAUUAAAUCUGUUAAGAAAGAAAAGGCUGUUCAGAGAUGUGGGGAAGAAAGGGAGUUCAGAGAAGCCCUGACCACAAACACAGUGUUACUGAGGCCCACUGCCCUGAAUCGCUUUCAUAUUGCAGGAAAACGGGGCCAGCAGGCAUGGUUUCUAGUGGGGGAGGAGGAGCGUGCGUGAGGGAGAAUCUUCUUGUAAAUAAAUUCACUUUCUUCUCCAUGACUCUGGCAGAGGCGU